AUGGUAGCUGGUCUGGAUCCAGCUUCGUUCGCCUUCCUGUUCAACGUCCUGCCUUCUGGUACAGGUGACCAGACUGGUAAUCCGCGAAAGCGGAUUAGGAAGGAUGUCAUGGUGCUGCAACUCAUACCAUCUGUGAUGGUGAUGAAUGCAGAUUUACAACGGAUGAACCUAUGUGGGAUGGAUUUCUACAGGUGUGCUGGUCCUAUCGAUCUCAACAGUCUGUCCGUGGCAGGCUCUGGGCAAGGUUUAAAGGUCGUCCGUUGCCCGGUAGGUUCAUCUCCUACCGUCCAGGCUGGGUUUUAUUGAUACCUGGACGGGCCCGAUCGCUGUACCCUCACUGGUGAGGCUAUGGGCGACGGGAAUCAGAUGCUGGAGGCUGGUCCUGACCCUUCGUUCUUUUGCGCUCUUGGAUAAUUUGUAUGCAGCUUCAGCUUGUAUUUAGUUUGGAGUCUAUAAUUUAAACAAAUACAUAAAACAGAUUGAGUACAUGACAUGAGAAAAG